AUGAAGUUGGGUAAUCUUGACUAUAAACAGUCCGAAUCUGAUCCUGAACUCAGCCCUAAAGAAAAGAUUGUUGUUAAUAGGUUAUCUGUAAAUUACAUGAAAUGGUCUGAUCCCGACGAGGGGGUGCUUGAGAUGGUCGGGCUGGAAAACGCUUGGGCUAAGGAAGAGAAAACAGAUGAUCCCACUCUUCAAGGUGAUGCCAAUCCCGAACCUGAGUCCAGUAUAAACUCACCCAUUUCUAUUGAAAUUGGUAUUCCUUCUUUAACUGCACCUUCUAAGGAUUAG